CAGAUACCCAAGCAGGUCUGAUGUAACGAUAAAGUUAGAGUUUGAAGUAUAUAUAUAUUGAUACGUUAACAAUGAACUUUUUGGUUUCCGGAGUCAUGAGGGAUUUGGACAUAUUCUGCUUAGAUGUGGGAUAUUCUAUUUUCGCAAAACUUCGUGAUUGUUAGAUAUAACUAAGUCGUUUUUUAUUUGUGUGGAAAUAAGCUUAUUGACUUUAUGAAUACACAAUUUAAAAUUCUUUGACCUGCAAAGGUUAAGAAUGUGCAAGAUCACGUGGGAUAAGAUAACAGAAUUCAAAAAGCUCAUUAGAAAACCAGACUGGCGCUAAGUGGUUGUGUAUUCAAAUAUGAUGUCUGAAACUCAUCAAGAAGUGUGUGAUUCCUCGUUUGAAGAGCUUGCAAAUAAAACGAUCGAGGAUAUUGAUAAAUCGCCAUCAGAUUUGGGAUCUUUUGAGGAAAUAGCAGUGGAGUCUUUUCAGGAGCUUGAAAAGUACAAUGAUGCAAAACUUUCGUCAGGCGACCUGCAGAGGUUGCUAGAGAAAACAAGACAACGCAGGGAAGUAUUGAACCAGAAGCUGGGAAAGACACCAGAGGCUACUCCAAGGAAGCGUAUAUUGGAGCAGAAUCAGGCCAGAGAGAAUGUAACAGCUGUGUCCAUCACCUCAAAAGAUGGUUCUCCAGGUAAGAGACAGUGUGUCCGUGGGGAGGAGAAUAUGGUGCACCCUGACACUCCAGCCAUUAAUGGGGUCAAAUCCAGAAUGCAGGCCCUGACCAAACAGAGGGAACAGUUCUCAGAAAAAGAUUCAGAAAUGGUUGAUAUAUCUAAUGAACCAGCCAUGCAGAAAGUUACUACGACUCGGAGAGAGGCUGCAGUAGCCUUCAAGGAAAAUAUUGAAGAGACUACGACAUCCACUGGCAGAAGGGGGCGAUUUGCUCAUCUAGCUCAAGCUAUCAACAAUUGGGAGGAUGAUCUUAGUCAUCCAACAAUUCAUAAACCAGAGGAACCCAAACCAAGAUGGCAACCGCCAAAGCCUGCUACUGAGGCACCUCCAGCUAAACCCCCUCGAGUGGAGGCCGACCCCAGUCCUCCUCAGCAGUCAGUAAAGCCACCACCAGCACCCCCUGUUCCGGCAGCUCCCUCCCCCAAGAAAACAUAUGCCCCACAACCCCCUACUGCACAAUCCUCUGCAGCCAGUAAAUUGCCAACCAACAGUGUAUGCAAAUCUGUGCUUGACAGAACAAAAGUUUCUAAAGAGAAAACUGAAGACCCAACCACUAAAUCUGUUUCUGAGAGACUAAACACCUGGAAGGCCUCUGAAACUCCCAAAAAGGAGAAGCAAGUAGAUCCAUCACAGCAGCCAGUUUCUGCCAAGAAGGCAGUGUGGGAACAAAAGAUAUCAACACCCACUGCUACAGUCAGUAAAGUGCACCAGCCUGUCAGACAGAUGGCUACCCCAGUGUCUGAAAAACCACCACUUCCCAAACCACAGUCCUCAGAGACACAGAAUCCUAAUGUAACGGCGGCACAACCAGAGGUGCGAGUGGAGAAGGAUGACCCUGCUGCUCAGCCCGUGUCAGCCAGGAUGGCAUCUUGGCAGCAGAGAACGUCAGAGUCUACCCCGAGGAAAGAAGAGGAGCCUACUGCAUACUCUGUCACAGCUAGAAUGUCAGCAUGGGAGGAAAUGUCGUCCAGUAACAAAGUCUCUUAUAUUAAGAAGGUGGACCCUGGCAGUGUCUCUCCGGGGAAGAAAUCUCCAGUUAAAGCCCCUGUGUUUGGUAGUGCCAAAAAGCCUACUCCGGUGAAAGCCAUUGGCCAGACCUCAGAAAACAAAGCGGUCACACCAACAAAGGCUGUUAAGGAUCACUUGAUGCAGAAAGCUGGUCACAUCAAGGCAUCAAUGGAUAGCCCACAGCAGACAGGAGGCAAUCCAGGUAAGAUUGGCAGUGCCACAAAAAUGAUGCAGCAGAAACUGUUUGAGCAGGCUACUCAUGGCAAAACAGCAGAUGUGGCUGAAAAGCUAAGACGAGAAAGGAUGGAAGAAGUACAGCAAAUUCAGCAUCGGCAUGACAACGGUAUAUUGAAAGAGGGAAGACCAGAAAAGACUCCAAGUGACACUGAGGACCAAAAACUGACUUCAGACUUAGGAAACAACAGACGGGAAGCGAUUCGAGCCAAAGCCAGGGCUGAGUUUGAGAGAAAGUUAGCUGCAAUGGGAUUUGAACUUUCAGAUGACAACAGUGAUGCCUCUUAUGAUUUCAAUGGAAAGAAAGGACAAGAGCAGCCUGGGUCUCAGGCUAAACCCCCGGUGGCGCCUGCCUCCCAGAAUGCCAAGAGCAAACCCUCACCCAGCAUAUACCGCCUGAUAUCACAGAAGAGGAAUGAGAAACCUAGUAUGUCUGGAGACACUGACAGGAGAUCAGAUGACAGUUUUGACAGCACAGAGGACAAGGAGCUAUACACAAGAAGACCGCAGUCCUCCACACAGGAAGAGGAAGCUACCACAGAUGAUGGGAUGCAGAGACUGCCUAGCGACUCGGAGAGUGAUGUUGGCCCUCAAGCCCGGCAGCCUGUGUUUGAAGAAGAGUCUGACUGUGAUGAUGUGAGUUUUAGUGCUUUUGUUCCUGCCUCUGUCCGGCGACAGAGCGUACUGCCAAGUGGUCCUCAUCAGGAGUCGGAACCUAUGGAAAACAGGCCCAAGCCCUCAGUCAAUCCUGUUGCUCCUGUUCCCUCCAGCUACAGAAGUGGCUCCAACCUUGUGGGCUACCAACAGCAGAGCAGCUCCAGUAGCCUAGAAAGCACUUCAAGUGAACAGAGCUCCUAUUCCUCUGACUCGCGGCGCUACUCUGUUGGAGAUGAUACGUCAGACUCUGCAGAAAUCAAUGACCUUCUGGAUGAGGCUUUGAGUGAUGAAGAGGAGGAGGCUCAUGGAGCAAACAAACCAAGAGUCGCACCACGUAAGAGACGUAGUCACAUGAUGGCAACAAGCGAAGAUAAUGCUGGAAACUUGGUGUACAGUGUCAGCAUGUAUCGAUCCCGCAGAUAUUUACAUGAGCCAAAUUCUCCGAAGAAGAAAAUUGUUCGCAAUAGAGAGUUUGAGGACUCGAUUCGUGAAGAGGAAAUUGAGAUGCCUACACAACUACCCCCUGAAGUAGAGCGCAAAAGCAUUCAGGAAAGAAUACAGGAGCUGCAGGAGCUAGUUAGCCAGGAACAGAGUGUUAUCAUGCAGACAAGUAACGCUCUUAACCAGUGUUGUUCCAGCAACUCCUACUUCCAGGGCUCACCAGAGCAAGUGGAGUGCAACCGCCUCUUGCUUAUUGCAUGCCAAAAACGACAAGCCUAUUUGACAGAGAUUCAGCGAUUGAAAGAGACAGGGUGUUUAGACCCCCCAGGAUCAGGGCCCAGAGGAUCCCUAACCAUAAGUGACAUCAGACUGCCACUAAAGAAAGAGUUUGUCACCAAGAUUGGAACUGCUUCAGACAACACAGUACAUUAUUUUCUGUUGCUGAUCCGGAAUCAUGCCCAAGUAAUAGUCACACAGAUGCUGUCAACUCAUGAUCCAAUGAUGAGAGGGAGUCUAGAUUUUCCCAACCUGAUCAAAAUCCAUGGCAUCUGUGGCAACUUUAAACUAAACCUUGAAAUAUACAGCAUGUCAAUAUCAAGAGAAGCAAUCAAGGACAAGAAAAGAAAGACUCCCAAAAAGCUUCCCAAAGGACAUCUUGUACCAGAUUACUAUUUAGCCCCCAGCCCUGGCGGUCCUACAGCUGUUAGGACAACUAGCUUCACCCUAAUCACAACCCUCCCCAUCACCAUGAGGGCCCUGGACAAGACCUGCUUCACACUGGAAAGGAUUCCAUACUUGUCUCCUCUACAUGGAACAAUUUACAUGAGAUUGAAGUGUUUGAUGGAACAAAAUGUGGAGGAAAGAGGCUUUUUGACCAUGUUUGAGGAUGUCAGUGGGUUUGGUGCUUGGCACAGGAGAUGGUCCGCUCUUCAGGGAAACAAACUCUGCUUCUGGAAGUAUCCUGAUGAAGAAACAAGAAAGGAACCAAUGGGAAUCAUUGACUUGAAGAGAUGUGUGACAGAGAAGGUGGGUCUGAUCCCCCGGGACAUCUGUGCCAGACCUAACACAUUUGAGCUGGUGACUGUGCGUCAGCCACGGAGAGGGGAGGAGGACACACUGGUCAGCAAGACUUACAACACCAUGACAUCCAUCAGGCAUAUGAUAUCUGCUGAUACUAAAGAAGAGAGAAUCAACUGGUGUAACAAGAUAAACCGUGCCCUGGCCAACAUCAGGACAUGGCACUCGGACGCUCUGCGCCCCAUCAAAAUGCCGACCACCAAAGAAUGAAGGAGUGGUUCUCCAAGUGCAAUGGAUAUUAUCUUAUAAAAUCUGUGGUGUUGCAAUAUUUAUUAGCUUUCUGUUUUAAUCAAACAUCAGCAUAUUUAUGAUUUAUCAACAUCACUCAUCUUGUACCUGCUAUUUAUUAGUAUGUAUACACAGCUUGCUGUUGUGACACAUUCAGCUCUGCUGUUCCUAUACUUCAUCAGGCACAGGCAAAUAUUUGGUCUGACCUUAACCUUGUUUUUGGUAAGUGAUUGUGCAGGACAAUGAGAAAGUCAUCAUCAGUUAGAAUAACUUUAUGCAGAAUCUAGAACUAAGUUGUGUGGAUCACAAACUCUUUUUUCUCUCUCUCUCUCUUUCUGACAUCUGUCUAUUUUCUUCUUACUUAAUAUAUUUACUCGCUAGAAAAAUCACUUUUUUAUUUUAUUAUGUACAUGUAUUCACAUUGUGUUGGGUCGAUCACAGUAGAUUUAAUGUAUCCAUAUAUAAGUUCAUCCCACCUACAUUACUUCAUGUGUAAUACAAAGUACUAUUACUCUAUUGUGUUGUGUUCAAUUAACUUAAUUUUAAUUGUACUCCUGAUAUUUGCUGACUUGGUACUCAGCUUCAGUCACCAUUUACCUUUUUUAUGAACUUCAUUUGUUUUUGCUGUGUAUUACUUGUGUGUAUAAAAGCAUUUUGUGAUCAUGUAGAUAACGACUUUUACUCGCAUUUGAUAAGAUAUAAUGAUAUACAGUAAUUCAUUUUUGUGUAGUCUAAAUGCUACGUCACCAGUAACAAUUUGGGAUUAAACUAAGCUAGUCCACA